AUCAAAAGUAGAAUUUCCUCUCUCUCUCUCUCGCUCACUAGUGAGGGCAUUGAAGAGAUAUAGAACAAAAUGAGCGAGAUAGUGAACGCGGAUGUGCAGAACCCUUUUGCAAGUCCUUCAAGAUCAUCAAGAAGAGAAGAUGAGGAGGCGGCUUUAGCAUGGGCUACCAUCAUACAAAACCUUCCCACCUACGAUCGCUUGAGAACUAGUAUAUUGCAAUAUGCUGUGGAGGGUGAUCAGAACGAUGAGGCCAAGAUAGUGAACAAAGUGGUGGAUGUUCGAAAUCUUGAUGCCAAUGACAGAGAAGAGUUCAUUCAGAGGAACUUCAAGGUUCCCGAGGAAGAUAAUGAGAAAUUCUUAAAGAAACUAAGAGCUCGUAUUGAUGAAGUUGGGAUCCGACUACCAACAGUAGAAGUUAGAUUCAACCAUCUACAUAUAGAAGCCGAUUGCUAUAUCGGCACCAGGGCUCUUCCAACUCUCUUGAACACGGCAAGAAACAUUGCAGAAUCGGCUCUUGGUUUGUGUGGAAUCAGAUUGGCUGAGAAAAGAAAGCUCACAAUACUUAAAGAUGUGUAUGGGAUCAUAAAACCAUCAAGGAUGACCCUCUUGUUAGGCCCUCCUUCAUCUGGAAAGACUACCCUUUUGUUGGCACUAGCAGGAAAGUUAGACUCAAACUUGAAAGUGCAAGGACAAGUCACUUACAAUGGUCAUAGGCUUGAUGAGUUUGUGCCAAGGAAGACAUCUGCCUACAUUAGCCAAAAUGAUGUUCACUUGGGUGAUCUUACAGUUAAAGAAACCUUAGAUUAUUCAGCAAGGUUCCAAGGAGUUGGGAACAGAUACAAUCUACUAACGGAGCUUUCAUGGAGGCAGAAGCAUAAGGGAAUUUUCCCUGAAGCCGAAGUUGAUCUUUUCGUGAAGGCAAUUGCAAUGGGGGGAGCUGAAAGCAGUCUAAUUACUGAUUACACUCUCAAGCUCUUGGGGCUUGAAAUAUGUAAGGACACACUAGUUGGAGAUGAGAUGAAAAGGGGAAUUUCUGGUGGACAAAGGAAGCGAGUAACAACAGGGGAGAUAGUUGUUGGACCAACAAGAACACUUUUCAUGGAUGAGAUAUCAACUGGCCUAGACAGCUCCACUACAUUUCAAAUUGUGAAAUGCAUGCAGCAGAUUGCGCACCUUACUGAGACCACCAUCUUGAUGUCCCUCCUGCAACCUGAUCCUGAGACAUUCGAUCUCUUUGACGACGUUAUUCUCCUAUCAGAGGGUCAGAUCAUCUAUCAGGGACCGAGAGAGCAUGUACUGGAAUUCUUUGAGAGCUGUGGGUUCGAGUGUCCAGAAAGAAAGGGCACUGCUGAUUUUUUGCAAGAGGUUACGUCAAAGAAGGAUCAAGAGCAAUACUGGGCAGAUAGGAACAGGCCAUACCAUUACAUAUCUGUUACUGAAUUUGCAAGCCAGUUUAAGGCUUUCCAUGUUGGUGCACAGCUUCAGAAUACGCUCUUGAUCUCAUAUGACAAGUUAGAAAGCCAUGGAGCAGCUCUUGCUUUCUCAAAAUACUCGAUCCCAAAAAUGCAGCUCCUUAAAGCCUCUAUUGAUAGGGAGUGGCUCUUGAUCAAGAGGACUGCACCUGUUUAUGUCUUCAAGACUGUUCAAAUUAUAGUUGUCGCAGUCAUUGCAUCAACUGUGUUCUUGAGGACUACACUGGAUAACACAUAUGAUGAUGGAUCCCUAUAUGUUGCUGCAAUUAUAUUUGCCAUGAUUGUCAACAUGUUCAAUGGUUUUGCUGAGCUCUCUUUAGCUAUUAUGAGGCUUCCAGUGUUUUACAAGCAAAGGGAUCUCUUAUUUUACCCUGCAUGGGCUUUCACCAUCCCAAAUUUCUUGAUUAAUGUUCCCAUGUCAGUUUUAGAGUCUAUAGCUUGGACAGUCGUGACAUAUUAUACAAUUGGAUAUGCACCAGAAGCUAGCAGGUUCUUCAAGCAACUACUGGUAGUUUUUCUGAUCCAACAAAUGGCUGCUGGGCUAUUUAGGCUCAUGGCUGGGUUGUGUAGGACUAUGAUCAUUGCUCAUACAGGGGGAGCACUUUCUCUGCUACUCUUGUUCCUGCUUGGAGGUUUCAUCCUUCCAAAAGGGCGUAUUCCUGUAUGGUGGUCAUGGGGCCACUGGGUUUCACCUCUAUCAUAUGGUUUCAAUGCCUUAACUGUCAAUGAGAUGCUUUCUCCUAGGUGGAUGGACAAACUGGAUUCAAACAAUAUUACAAAGUUGGGUGUGGCAGUGUUGAACAACUUUGAUGUUCCCCACCACAAUUACUGGUAUUGGAUUGGGGUAACAGCUCUCUUGGCUUUCACCAUCCUUUUCAACGUCUUAUUUACCUUCUCACUCAUGUACCUGAAUCCUCUUGGAAAGCCACAACCAAUUAUUUCUGAAGAACUAGGAAGUGAGCAAUCCAGCAUGGGAGAAACUAAGGGAAAACCAAAACUGCAAUCUAAUAGGUCCAUCAAUGAAAACCAGACGAGAGAAUUGCAAUGCCUUGGAACAAGUGAUGAGUCCAAUACCAAGGAACCUAGCAGUAUGGCUGCAGAUGAGGUUGCUUCAAAGAGAGGAAUGAUUCUUCCUUUUACACCUCUAACCAUGUCCUUUGACAGUGUAAACUAUUAUGUGGACAUGCCCUCAGAAAUGAAGGAUCAAGGUGUGAAAGGGGACAGGCUACAGUUGCUUCAGGAAGUGACUGGAGCAUUUAGACCUGGAGUCCUGACUGCUUUGAUGGGAGUCAGUGGGGCUGGAAAGACAACAUUGAUGGAUGUUCUUGCAGGGCGAAAAACAGGGGGCUACAUUGAAGGCGAUAUUAGAAUUUCUGGGUUUCCCAAGAAGCAGGAAACAUUUGCAAGAAUUUCUGGUUACUGUGAGCAGACAGACAUUCACUCCCCUCAAGUCACAGUGAAAGAGUCCUUGAUCUACUCAGCUUUCCUCCGACUCCCUAAAGAAGUCAACGAUAAAGAAAAAAUGGCUUUUGUGGAUGAAGUGAUAGAACUAGUAGAACUCGAUGGUCUUAAAAAUACUAUUGUAGGGCUUCCGGAAAUCACUGGUUUGUCCACAGAACAAAGGAAGAGGUUGACAAUAGCAGUGGAGCUUGUUGCUAAUCCUUCAAUCAUAUUUAUGGAUGAACCAACUUCAGGGCUUGAUGCAAGGGCGGCAGCCAUUGUUAUGAGGACUGUGAGGAACACAGUGGACACCGGAAGAACAGUAGUCUGCACAAUUCAUCAGCCUAGCAUUGAUAUUUUUGAAUCCUUUGAUGAGCUGCUAUUGAUGAAGAGAGGAGGACAAGUCAUCUACUCUGGACAGUUGGGUCAGAAUUCUCGCAAAGUUGUUGAAUACUUUGAGGCAAUUCCUGGAGUCACUAAAAUUAGAGAUAAACAAAACCCAGCAACAUGGAUGCUAGAAGUGAGCUCAGUUGCAUCCGAAGUCCGACUUGGAAUUGAUUUUGCUGAGCAUUACAAAUCAUCAUCCUUGUCUCAACAAACAAAGGCUCUAGUAAAAGAAUUAAGUACUCCAUUGGAGGGGUCAUCAGAUCUCCAUUUUCCUACUCAGUACUCUCAGUCCACAUGGGGCCAAUUCAAAUCCUGCCUUUGGAAGCACUGGUGGACUUAUUGGAGAAGCCCUCAUUAUAACCUUGUUCGAUACUUCUUCACAUUAGCAGCUGCCCUUUUUCUUGGGACAAUUUUCUGGCAGGCUGGCACCAAAAGGGAGAACACAACUGAUCUCACCAUGAUCAUUGGAGCCAUGUAUGUUGCUGUCCUAUUUGUUGGAAUUAACAACUGUUCAACCGUGCAGCCAGUUGUAGCUGUUGAAAGAACAGUGUUUUAUCGAGAAAGAGCUGCCGGAAUGUACUCGGCUUUACCAUAUGCCAUAGCACAGGUGAUUGUUGAAAUACCAUACAUAUUUGUUCAGACAACAUAUUAUUCUCUUAUAGUAUAUGCGAUGGUGAGCUUUCAAUGGACAGUAGCAAAGUUCUUCUGGUUCUUCUUCAUCACCUUCUUCUCCUUCCUCUACUUUACAUACUAUGGAAUGAUGACGGUUUCAAUCACACCAAAUCAUCAAACAGCUGCUAUCUUUGCAUCAGCAUUCUAUGCACUCUUCACUCUCUUCUCUGGCUUUUUCAUCCCCAAACCGAGAAUCCCCAAGUGGUGGACAUGGUAUUACUAUAUCUGCCCAGUGGCAUGGACAGUUUAUGGACUAAUUGUGACACAGUAUGGUGACAUUAAUGCAACGAUCAAAGUGCCAGGAAUUGUGCCAGAUCCAACCAUCAAAUGGUAUGUGGAAAAUCAUUUUGGGUACAACCUGAACUUCAUGGGGCCAACUGCUGCAAUUUUAGUCACAUUUGCUGCCUUUUUCGCCCUCAUGUUUGCAGUCUGCAUCAAGACAAUGAACUUCCAAAACAGAUAGCAGAAGAAGUGUAUGAAUUAGAAUGUGACCAAUUAGUAGCUAUUUUUUGCCACUAAAAUUCUUGCAAAUUUGUAAAGAAUCUAUGAGACCAGAUGCUGGGGAAAGAACAAGCCAAUAACGAAUCAUUUAAAAAUUCUAACAAA